AUGGGUAAACGUAAGGCAGCCAAGAAGGUCCAGGGUCCUAAAAAGAAAGAAGUUCUUAGCACAACUUUCCCCUGUCUAUUUUGUAACCACGAAAACUCCGUCAUCGUGAAGAUUGAUAAGAAAGCUGGUGUUGGUCACUUGUCCUGCAAAGUAUGCGACCAAAAAUUUCAAUGCGCCAUCAACUAUCUGUCGGCUUCCGUGGACGUAUACGCCGAUUGGGUUGAUGCUUGCGAUGCAGUCGCAAAAGAAGGAGAUGAUGGAGGAGAUCUUGCCCCCGAACGCGCGCCUGCUCGACGUUCAUCUGGCGCUGCUGGGAAGGGCGAUGCGGAUGACGAUGACAAUGAUGACGACAUAAUGGGAGACGAGGACGGGAUGGGUGGUUACGGUGGCGAUGGAAUAGUUGCGGACGACGAGGAUUAUUGA